AGAUUUAGGAAGUAAAGAUCACAGGAUGGGAAAUAAAAGCUCCGGCCCCCAGGAGUUCUGGACACUGUGGGAGAGUGGGGUGACAUGAGUGACUCCAAGGAAUCAAGACUGCAGCAGCUGGACCUCCUUGAGGAGGAACAGCUGGGAGGCGUUGGAUUCCGACAGACUCGAGGCUACAAGAGCUUAGCAGGGUGUCUUGGCCAUGGCCCCCUGGUGCUGCAACUCCUCUCCUUCACACUCUUGGCUGGGCUCCUUGUCCAAGUGUCCAAAGUCCCUAGCUCCCUAAGUCAAUCCAAACAAGACGCGAUCUACCAGAAUCUGACCCAGCUUAAAGCUGCAGUCAGUGAUCUCCCAGAGAAAUCCAAGCAGCAGGAGAUCUACCAGGAGCUGACCCGGCUGAAGGCUGCAGUGGGUGAGCUUCCAGAGAAAUCCAAGCUGCAGGAGAUCUACCAGGAGCUGACCCGGCUGAAGGCUGCAGUGGGUGAUCUCCCAGAGAAAUCCAAGCAGCAGGAGAUCUACCAGGAGCUGACCCGGCUGAAGGCUGCAGUGGAUGAGCUUCCAGAGAAAUCCAAACUGCAGGAGAUCUACCAGGAGCUAUCCCGGCUGAAGGCUGCAGUGGGUGAUCUCCCAGAGAAAUCCAAGCAGGAGGAGAUCUACCAGAAGCUGACCCAGCUAAAGGCUGCAGUCGAUGGGUUGCCAGACAGGUCCAAGCAACAGGAGAUCUACCAGGAGCUGAUCCAGCUGAAGGCUGCAGUGGAACGCCUGUGCCGCCCCUGUCCCUGGGAAUGGACAUUCUUCCAAGGAAACUGUUAUUUCAUGUCGAACUCCCAGCAGAACUGGCACGACUCCAUCACCGCCUGCCAGGAAGUGGGGGCCCAGCUCGUCGUCAUCAAAAGUGCUGAGGAGCAGAACUUCCUACAGCUGCAGUCUUCCAGAAGUAACCGCUUCACCUGGAUGGGACUUUCAGACCUAAAUCAGGAAGGCACAUGGCAAUGGGUGGAUGGCUCACCUCUGUUGCCCAGCUUCAAGCAGUAUUGGAACAAAGGAGAGCCCAACAAUAUUGGGGAGGAAGACUGUGCGGAAUUUAGUGGCAGUGGCUGGAACGAUGACAAAUGUAAUCUUGCCAAAUUCUGGAUCUGCAAAAAGUCCGCGGCCUCCUGCUCCGGGGAUGAAGAACGGUUGCUCUCCCCAGCCCCUACCACCCCAAACCCCCCUCCUGAGUAGCAGAACUUCACCCACUUUUAAGCUACAGUUCCUUCUCUCCAUCCUGCGACCUUCACACAAUCUCUGGGACUAUUCUCUGUCAGAUUCUUUCUCCUUUAGAAGGCUGGGUCCACAUUCUGUCCUUGUCAUGCCUCCAAGUUCCCCUGGUAUAGAGCUUGCUUUUCUGGCCCAUCUUUGGAGCUUUAUGAGUGAGCUGGUGUGGGAUGCCUUUGAGGGGGUGGACUUGUGUGCCAAGAAUCCACUCUCUCUUCCUUUUGGAGAUCAGAAUAUUUGGGUUGCCAUGUGUAGCUUCUAUGUCCCCUGGGGCGUUAUCUCAUAUAUGCAAACCUACAAUCUGUUCAACUUCCACCUACCAUCUCCUGCUCCCCUUUGACUGGGGACUUACUGGUUGCAAGAGCUCAUUUUGCAGGCUGGAGUACCAGGGAAUUAAUUCCCCCAGUCUACCAAUGGCACCCAGAGAGGGCAUGGAGUCUCCACACAACCGCUCCCACCUCCCACAUCUUCCUUUGUCUUAUACAUGACUUCUAUUUGGCUGUUUCUAAGUUGUAUUCUUUAUGUUAUUAUUAUUAUUAUUAUUUUUUGAGGUGGAGUUUCGCUCUUGUUGCUCAGGCUGGAGUGCCAUGGCGCAAUCUUGGCUCACUGCAACCUCCGCCUCCCGGGUUCGAGUGAUUCUCCUGCCUCAGCCUCCUGAGUAGCUGCGAUUACAGUUAUGUGCCACCAGGUCUGGCUAAUUUUUUGUAUUUUUAGUAGAGAUGGGGUUUCUCCGUGUUGGUCAGGCUGGUCUCCAACUCCCAACCUCAGGAGAUCUGCCUGCCUCGGCCUCUCAAAGUGCUGGGAUUACAGGUGUGCGCCACCGCACCUGGACUAUUAUUUUUUUGUAAGAAUAAAACAGGUUUAUUUGGAUUUGGGACUCUGAAUAGUUCUGUCUCUGCUACCUGAUCUCCUCCUGCCAUGACUUCAGGACCUAGAGAACUUUGGCUCCAGCUGUGAAGGCUCCUGCAGUUCUGGCUCCGGCUGCACCGGCCCCUGCUGUGGUCACUAUUUCUUCCUCUACUUGGUGAACUGUACCUCUCCUGGGCGCGGUGUGCACACCCAGCUAAUUUUUGUACUUUUGGUAGAGACGGGGUUUCAACAUGUUGGCCAGGAUGGUCUCUAUCUCUUGACCUCGUGAUCUGCCCGCCUCAGCCUCCCAAAGUGUUGGGAUUACAGGCCUGAGUCACCGCGCCCGGCCUCUCCCCACGUUCUUGAACUCGGGCAGCGCAUUCUCAUAGAAAUCAAGGAACUGUUGGUAGGUUUCUUCCUUGCUGUACUCCAGGCUUGCGUCGGGGUCAUAGUCAUCACUCCUGCAUUGCUCCAUUCCAAACGCUGUAAACAUGUUCUUAAUAAGAAGGGUAGGACUGGAUGUUGGGAAAUUAUGUUUACGUGAACAUCUAUCUCCAAAUCUGCAAGGUCCUGUUUUACUGUAGAAGGGACAAUUAGCUCGAUCCUUCUCCAUGACUCUGAAAUCCAAGGCGGAGUUCCGGGUUUUGCCAUGUGGCGCCAUCUUCCAACUCAUUUUCAGCCUGAUCCAGCAUCUUCUGGACAGCUUCCUGUUUUUCUUUCUUCUCCUGUCGUUUCUGUUCCUCUUCUUCUCUUUCCUCUGCUGUUCUUCCCAUUGUUCCUUUAACUUUCGCUCUUGUUCUUGCCGUUUUCUAGCCGCCUCUUCCUCUUCCUUCUUUAUUCUGAAUUCUUCCUGUGCCUUCUGCUCAGCAAUUGCUCCUUAUGUAAUCUUUGCCUCUGUCUUCCCCAUAGCUUUUCUAGUUGUUGGUUUUCAAUAAAAGUGUCCUCCUCCUUCAGUGAGAGUCCUGAGUCCCUCAGUGGAGCAAGUUCCUGCCGGCGUUUCUUUCGUUUCUCCUUCUUCAGGGCGGGCCUGUACUUUCUGUGGCUUGGUUUCUCUGGAAAUGUCAUCUUCUCCGGCGCAGCCAUCUUGCCAGCACCGCCCCACCCCUCUAGUUGUAUCCUUUAUAAUAAACUGGUAAACAUUGUAACCGCAGAUCCAGCCCAAUCUGGUUCAACUUUGUGUAAUAAAAUGGCGAGUUGUUUUUCAGUUGCCGUGGACCCCCAGGUUGCAAGUUACGUACCCUGGGCAUGCCCAGAUGAACCAAGUGUACAGAUCCAGGCGGAACCUAAGUGCUCAGAUGGAGGAACAGGGACUGAGUUAAGAAGUGGACACCACGUGGCAUGAUCUGUGAUCCAAUCAAAUUGAGCCCUGGCAUCACUCCAGGGCAUGAUCCAAUCAGAUCAAGCCUCCUGAAUCCCCUCAUUACAAGAUCCAAUCACAUCAUGCCUCACUACCCUCUGUGUAUAAAAUCUGCCCCAGCCCCCAGCUUGGAGAGACAGAUUUGGACCAGACUGGUGUCGCCUUGCUUGGCUGCCUUGGAAUAAAUUUUUCUCUCUACAAAA